AUGGGCGCCGUUCACGCCCCAGCAGUGGCAACAGUGGUCACUUUUAGGUAUGGCCUUCACUUAAAGGUGAUACACAAUGACGUAACAGAUCGGUUAGCUCAGCUCCUGAGGCAGUGUUCCUACUACCUCAAACAACAGCAGAAAGGGGUCGAUUCCUCUAUAGAGUAUCUCCACUCGGUCUAUGGAGGUUUUGACUGGUUUGCUGCCACAAUCUUCCUGAUGUUUGGAGGUAACUUAGAGAAGUCCUGGAACUUCCUCCAUAAGUUCUCCACCUUAGGCUGCUCUGGCUAUCUCUGGAUCCCCAGGCUUCACUGCUCUGUUCACUUGCCCUCUGACCUGAUGUGUAGUGGAAUUUCCCCACUGUUUUCCAGCACAGGUCACAACAUUGAACUAAUUCUCCAGAUAGAACUUCCUCUUGUAGCCUCCGCAUUUAAAAUGUCAGGAUUUACUCCAGCUCAGAUCUGUUUUCAUUGGCUGAAGCAGUGUUUUUGGAACUACCUGGACUGGAAUGAGAUUUGUCAGUAUGUCUGUCUGUGUGUCGUGAUGGGGAUCGACUACCAGGUGUAUCUGUGCUGUGCCAUCCUCAAACACCUACAGAAAAACAUCAUGGAACACAUGCAAACACAAGAGCUCAUCAUUUAUCUCAAGGAGAAUGCCAUCACAGGAUUCCACGCAUCAAAUUACAUGACCUAUAUGAUUGGAUUGGAGAAAAAAUACAGAGACACAAUAUUCAGGGACAUGCUAAAUAUUACCAGACCAUGACAAGACAAUGCCAAAUAAAAAAGACUUGUUGGCUUUAGUUGACAACUGAGACCUGAAAAUGUGCUGUUUUCAGAAAGUGUUGAUGAACUAGUACAAUAAAUUUUUGUAGAAACAUCAUCAAGUUGGCAUAUUGUUUAUAUCUCUGAGAACGUCUGCUUUAAAAUUUGUUAAUGAUUUAUAUUAAUUUAUUACAAUUUCCAAGUUAAUUCCAAUCAGAAUUCCAUUUUGUUCUCAUUUUAUGUCAGAUUCAUAUUUUUUUAAGGUUAUUAUGCUAAUGAUUCAUCUGGGGAGCAUUUUGGUAUACAUGUAUGUUCCACCAUAUAACAUUAUUUGUGAUAUUGAUUGU